GUGAAGAAGCGGCCGCACUUCCUGUUUCACGUAGCGACAGGAGACUGAAGAGAGGAGACGUCUCGGUGUGUUCAGAUGUGAGCGGCGGAGGACGGCCAGACGCGCUAUGACCCAGCUCAGCUGCUCGUUCAUCUCCAGCUGCUGAAUGAGCGGCGGCGACAUCCCACCUGCGCCGCGUCACGGUUUUAUGAGACGAAGCUCGAGGUUUUUGCUGCAACCAUGCCUGCCUCCAGGCUGUGGGUGGUGGAUGUGUACGGGCGGGUUUUCAGCUUGUCGACGGCAGGGCAGCAGUGGGAGCAGUGCCGUGAUGCCCAGAUGGAGUUCAAGCGGGUGACGGCAGCUCAGCAGUGCUGCUGGGGCAUCGCCUGCGACAACAACGUCUACCUGAACGUGCACGCCUCUGACCUGCCCAUCCGCUACCAAGAGGAGACCUACGAGAAUCAACGAUGGAAUCCAAUCGGUGGCUUCUCAGACCAUUUAUUGCCAAGUGACCGCUGGCAAUGGAGUGAUAUCACAGGUCUGAAGCACCAACCUCUGGACAGCUUCGAGCUCCCCUCCAGCAGCUGGGAUUGGGAGGGUGACUGGUAUGUAGAUGAAAACUUUGAGGGAGAGCCCACAGAGAAAGAGGGAUGGACCUAUGCCAUUGACUUCCCCGCCUUCUACACCAAAAACAAAAAGAUGACCUCCUGUGUCCGUCGCAGGCGAUGGCUCCGAUACAGGAGGUACAAAGACAUGGACACCUGGGCUAAGAUCCCCUCACCACAAAUGGAGACACCAGAUCCCUUUGGCGACAUUAGCUGUGGAGGCUGGGAAAUCAGUGAGGAGCCCAGAGGGCGGCUGUCAUUAUGGGCUGUCUCCUUACUGGGCAAGGUGUGGUUCAGAGAGGGAAUCUAUCACCACAAUCCUGAGGGCUCCAUGUGGGAGGAGGUGUCUUCCCCUGGGGAGGUGCUCCAGAUCAGUUGUGGCCCCAGGGAUCUGGUCUGGGCAGUGCUGUGGGAAGGGCAGCUCAUUGUCAGGCAGGGCAUCACCCGAGACUGCACCAAAGGUACCUCCUGGGUGGAGGUGGAGUCUCCAAGUCCCGAUGUAGGAGCCACACAUGUAGCUGUGGGGAUCAACACUGUUUGGGCUUUGACCAAGGACAACAAAGUGUGGUUCAGACGUGGCGUUGACUCCCACAACCCCUGUGGCUUGGGCUGGAUCAGUAUGGUGGGAGAAAUGAUCACAAUCAACGCAGGACUCAAUGACCAGGUAUUUGCAAUCGGCUGUGAGGAUCGGGCUGUGUACAUCAGACAAGGUGUGACCACCAGUGAACUGAGUGGGAAAACUUGGAAGGCCAUCAGCGUCCCCCGAGAUGGAGACCGAUCACACUCCAGUGCCAGCACAAACAGCCUGCAGAGUGCUGGAUGCUUCUUCUCCGGUGAGGUACGUGCUCAGUCAGUGGUGAGCGACGUGGAAUUAGACACAGAGAAAGCAUCCACAGACGGAGCCAUCUGCCUAGUAACCUCCACCUCCCCUGAGUCUGUUGUUGAUGCCCCCACAGACCACUCUGACCAACCCAUCGAGACCCCCAAACCCCGCAUCCCAAAAGUCACCAGCGACAGCUUCAUCUCUGAACUCAUCUCUGACCGAGAGCCAGCCAAGACCUUAAGGGAGGGCGGAUCUGCUGGUCCAGCUGUUCCAGAGGAGGAGGAGACCCUCCCCAGUGAAGGAGAAGCCCCUUGUGCUGAUGUAGCUUUAUGCCCCAGCCAGUCUGGAGGUCCUCUUGACCCCCAGUGGAGUAACGUGGAUCUGGAGGAGGCACAGGGCCAGCUGGCUCAGACCGGAGCAGCACUGGACUUAGCUGACACCAGCAGCUUGUCAUCAGUGGCCACAUACACUCUGGCCAUGGAGGACCCAUAUGGGACAGAUGAGCACCCUCUGUGGGCGUGGGUCAGUGGAGGAGGCUGCUCUGUGGACAGUCACUCCCACCUCAACUGGUUCAACUCGAUGAACACUUCAUCAUUGGUCGGAUCAGUCCAGUCCAUGUGUCUGUCUGUCACUCCAGCUCAGACGGCCGCCUGGCGCCGACAAAUCUUUGAACAACUCAGUGAGAGGACCAAAAGAGAGAUGGAUAAUUUCAAACAUUAUGAACAAGCCAUAGAGCAGUCAGUGUGGGUGAAGAAAGGAACCAUGCAGUGGUGGAGGGACUGGAAGCCAUACAAGUGGAUAGAUGUUCAUUUUGCCCUGGAGCAGUUCUCAGGACCAGAGGGCAACAAGGAUGGCAUUCUUUUCAUCUAUUACAACUUUUAUGAAGAGAAGAAGUACAUGCAUGCCUUUGUCAAUGAGCUCACCAUCCUUGUUCCUGUGCUAAAUGAAUCCAAACACACUUUUGCCAUCUACACUCCUGAGCGGACCAAACAGAGGUUUCCAAUCAGAUUGGCAGCUGCCACAGAGCUAGAGAUGCAUGACUGGCUGGCGUUGUUGAGUGUUUCGUGCUGCCACUCCAGGGGGAUCCAGGGCCCUCCCUCCAAACAGGCCAUCUGGUCAAUCACCUGUAAAGGGGACAUCUUUGUUAGUGAGCCCUCCCCUGCUCUGGAGGCCAUGCCUUACCCCACACCAUGUGACCAGAUGUUCUGGCGGCAGGUUGGAGGUCACCUACGGAUGGUGGAGUGUAACACUGUGGGCGUAGUGUGGGGGAUCGGCUAUGACCACACUGCCUGGGUCUACACCGGGGGUUAUGGAGGAGGUUUCUUCCAGGGACUGGCCAGCAGCACAGAUAACAUUUACACACAGACGGAUGUCAAAAGUGUCUACAUCUAUGAGAACCAGAGGUGGAACCCUCUUGAAGGUUUCACCAACAGAGGGCUACCUACAGACCGCUACAUGUGGAGUGAUGCAUCAGGACUACACGAGUGCACAAAAACAAAUAUGAAACCUCCCUCCACCCAGUGGACGUGGGUGUCUGACUGGGCUAUCGACUACAGUGUCUCUGGGGGGACGGACAAGGAAGGCUGGCAAUAUGCAGCUGAUUUUCCAGUGUCAUAUCAUGGCAGAAAAGGGAAGACGGACUUUGUGCGUCGCAGGCGAUGGGCCAGGAAGUGUAAACUGACAACCACAGGACCCUGGCAGGAAAUUCCGCCUUUAGCACUGAGUGAUGUGACCAUCCUGCCGUGUACAGCUCAGAGCAACGUGGAUGAGGUUCCUCUGUGGGCCAUCAGCAACAAGGGAGAUGUCCUCUGCCGACUGGGAGUCACCACAUUGACACCCACUGGAUCCUCGUGGCUUCACGUGGGAACCGACCAGCCUUUCAAGUCCAUCUCUAUCGGGGCUGCCAGCCAGGUUUGGGCCAUUGCCCGGGAUGGUUCUGCCUUUUACAGAGGAUCUGUCUCUCCACAGAGCCCAGCAGGAGACUGUUGGUACCACAUCCCCUCGCCAUCCAAACAGAAGCUGAAGCAGGUGUCUGUUGGCAGGACAUCAGUCCUCACAGUAGAUGAAAAUGGUAACCUGUGGUACCGGCAGGGUGUGACCCCCAGCUACCCUCAGGGCUCCUCCUGGGAACACAUCUCUAAUAAUGUGCGCAAGGUCUCCGUAGGGCCUCUGGACCAGGUGUGGAUCAUAGCGGACAAGGUGCAGGGCAGCCACAGUCUGAGCUGUGGAACAGUGUGUCAUCGACUCGGAGUUCAUCCUGUGGAGCCUAAGGGGAUUUCAUGGGACUACGGCAUUGGGGGUGGCUGGGACCACAUCACAGUUAGAGGGAACUCCAUGGAGCCGCCUCACGUCCGUCUUCCCUCUUUAACAGAUGCUUCCGCCUCUGCCCCCCGGAGCCCCCUCCCAAUCAGGAACAUGGAGGUCAACAGCAGUGCUGGGGACAGUUAGGAACACUCAUCGGUGCUUACAUACAGUACAUGGACAUCCAAUGUUUCCUUUGUGGUAAACCUUAGUAGAUAAUUCAGCUCCAAAGUCAAUUCAAAGAUGAAGUUGUGACUUUCUGACAGUCUGAGCUGAAUCUUUCUCCUCCCUGAAGACAAUAUUCAGUCUUCUGUUCUAAUGUUCAUUUAAUGAGCUUUCAUCUCCUCCGUACUGGCAUGUCUCUUGAAUUAUUUUGCUUUUGUUUGUUUUUGGUCAUUAACACUGAACUUGAUGGUCUUUUUUUUAAUUCAUUCAUCAGGAUGUGAUGUUUCUGUCGGUUUCUGUGUAUUGUUUUUCAUAUGUACUGUGAAGAUAGAACAUAUAUUUUAUGUUUAUUUUUCAGAAGGGAAAAAUGUGCUUCGCUGCUAAAUUGUCAACUCCUGGGCUGGUAUUGUGAACGUAAUUUAAAAAUUAUGUCACGUCUUAGAACACAUGUUCCAACAAACUACAGACUGAUUACUCUGGAAACCAGAAGCAAGAUUGAUAUGUGUAUAGAGACAAUGUUUAAGGAAACAAUGUUUAAAGGUACAAUGUGUAAGAAUUUGCCACCUGUUGAAUUCAUACUCAAACCAAUAGGGGUUUGGGAACCAGGGUUAACAUGCUAACUCCAGUAAAUAUCUCUGCAAAAGAAAAUUUAUAACUUCAUAAUGUCCAAACUGUUAUUUUUCCAAUUUUGUUGAUCAUUUUUUAACCAAAAUACUCACAUAUUGCACCUUUUAAUCCAGGCUUAGAUGGCCCCUUCUAUUGUCUGAUGCUGCUGUAAAACUUCAACCACAGACCUCAGAAAAACACGGAUGCCGCAUCUGUUUGUCUCAAAUUAUCUAGGUUUCUGAUACGACUUAAUGACCUCCUCAUGUUUAGAGCCAGAAAUGACAUUUUUAAAUUAGAUUCAUGUGUUGAAACCUGUAUGAAGCUGAGCUCCAAUAUGUGAGAAGCAGCCUGAGUGUGAAGCGCUCAAAAACAACCUUUCAAAGCUUAGUCUGUUUUAAUUAUACAACUCAGAUGCCGAACGUCUUGUGAAAAGCAAAUAUUGAAUUUUUGGUCCCUUAGGGAAUUUAUGGAAUUGAUGGCUUAACCCUUCAACACAGCUUGAGGGGUUUUUUAUUUGGAGCCAUUGUCUGUAGCAGCUGCAACAACUGGCUUGCACUGGCUUCAUUCACCCAUGGUUUUUAUAAAGGUUUCAUUGUGUUUUUCUUAAAAAGUGUUUUGGUUUAUUAUGUCAUUGUCUUGAAGUAUGUGCAAUGGUUAGCAACGUAAAUAAGAGAAAAGUGGAGUCCUUGUAAAAGUCUUGUGGUUGAAAUGCUACAACUGAACCUUCCUCUUUCUCAGGAGAAUCUUUGCAUUUGUGCGCCGCCUACUUCCUUUGACUGAUGUUAGAGUGACUGAGCAGGUUAAAAAAAUAUAUAUAUAUUUUUGUUAUAAAUCUACAAGAUAUUAGUAUUAUACAGUAAGUAAAGUGGUGAUAUAUUAAGGUGGAGUUGUGUUUGUAUAUUUGACAGAGAACAAUAAAUUAAAAUUAUGUUUGAGACGUAUUCAUAACCCACACACUGAUGUCACGCCACGUCAUAAUGUGUGUAAAUAUGAGAGAUCUGUGUGAACUAUCUGUGAAUAACUAACACUGUAUCUGUAACACAUCAGUGCUGUUCACAUUGUGGAGUACAUUUUUUCAAGUGUUGUGCAUGGUCAAAAUAACAGUCCUUGUCAAUAAAUAAACGUGUUUAUUGAUAAUAA